UCGCCUUCGAGCCGACGCCAUGUCCAGCUCCUCCUCGCAGACCCCUCCUCACCACCAGCCCCCUCAGAGGAUGCGCCGCGGCGCGGCCGGGUCCCCCACCAGCGGCAGCGCCGGAGCUCCGGCCGGUAGUAACGGGGCCGGCGGCGGAGGAAGCGGCAGCAGUGGCGGCGGCGGCGGCGGCGGCGGCGCCCCCGGUGGCAGCGCCGGGACUAGCCGGCUGCUCCAGCCGAUCCGCGCCACCGUUCCUUACCAGCUCCUGAGGGGCAACCAGCACAGUCCGACUCGCUCGCCGGCCGCCUCAGCCUCGGUGGGGAGUAACACCGGCCCAGGGGGGCCUCGCGGAGCUGGAGGAGGGGGCGGCAACGGCGGCGGCAGCAGCCCGCCCCCGCCGAGCUCUACCCCGCCGUUGGCCCUGGCGGCGGCUGCCGCUGCCGCCGCCACCCCGCCAGGAGCAGGCGGUGCGGCGGAGCCGGGGAGGGUGAAGGUGAGGCAGAGGCGCUCGCCCGACAGCAGCACCACCACCAACAACAACAACGGCAGGCGGAGAAGCAGCUCACCUGAGAGAAGGAGCCCCAGUUCGCCCAUAUACAGAGUGGACAGGCCAAAAGCCCAGCAAAUUAGAACAUCUAGUACCAUAAGACGCACAUCUUCGUUGGACACAAUAACAGGACCUUACCUCACAGGACAGUGGCCGCGAGAUCCCCACAUACAUUAUCCUUUAUGCAUGAAGGAUAAAUCCACUCAGACGCCUAGCUGUUGGGCGGAAGAGAUAUUAGAGAAGAGAUCUCAUCAGCGUUCAGCUUCAUGGGGGAGCGCUGAUCAACUCAAAGAAAUUGCCAAAUUGAGGCAGCAGCUCCAACGCAGUAAACAGAGUAGUCGUCACAAUAAAGAAAAAGAACGUCAGUCACCUCUCCAUGGCAACCAUAUAGCAAUCAAUCAGACUCAGGCUUCUAUAUCGAGAUCAGUCCCUAUGCCACUGUCAAAUAUUUCAGUGCCAAAAUCAACUGUUUCACGUGUGCCGUGCAAUGUAGAAGGAAUAAGCCCUGAAUUAGAAAAAGUGUUCAUCAAAGAGAACAGUGGAAAGGAAGAGGUGUCCAAGCCGUUGGAUAUCCCUGAUGGCCGAAGGGCGCCCUUACCUGCUCACUAUCGGAGCAGCAGCACACGCAGCAUUGAUACACAAACACCUUCUGUCCAGGAGCGCAGCAGCAGCUGCAGCAGCCAUUCCCCAUGUAUCUCUCCCUUUUGCCCUCCUGAAUCUCAGGAUGGAAGUCCUUGCUCCACAGAAGACAUGCUGUAUGACCGUGACAAAGACAGUGGGAGUAGCUCACCGUUGCCCAAGUAUGCCUCCUCUCCUAAACCCAACAACAGCUACAUGUUCAAACGAGAGCCCCCAGAGGGAUGUGAGCGAGUGAAGGUCUUUGAGGAAAUGUCGACUCGUCAGCCUGUCUCAGCCCCUCUCUUUUCAUGUCCUGACAAAAACAAGGUUAAUUUCAUCCCGACCGGAUCAGCUUUCUGUCCUGUAAAACUUCUGGGCCCUUUACUACCUGCUUCUGACCUGACACUCAAAAGCUCUCCAAACUCUGGUCAAAGCACAGCUUUGAGUACUCUAACUGUUGAGCAGCUUUCAUCUCGGGUCGCUUUCUCCUCUCUGUCGGAUGACACCAGCACAAUGGACUCUACAGAGUUCUUAGUACAACAGCCAUCCCAGCAGUCACCACAGCUUUUGCAAGAACUGCAGUCUGAAGAACACUCCUCUCCUCAAAACUAUAUGAUAAUCUAGAGCAAGGCAGAGUGUCAGUCGAAAACUCAACUGCAUGAGUGGCAACUUUUCUGGAACAAAACAAAGCUACUUAUCAGCAUCUUUCUAUAUUUCAGUGCUGUUCUUGGCAGGGACAAAAAUGCUCUUAUUCAGCAUUUUUGUGUGUACAUGUGUGCGUGGGGAGGGGGGAACAGUAUGCUUGCAGAAUCUGUGUAUCAUUAAGCAUUUUAAGUGGAGACUAUGCAUUUCAUAGAAUGUUUGACCAGAUUAGUCCUGUGCCCUGUGUUCUGUUUCAAAUUUUACAGUAUAAAUAAGCUCUAUAUCAAACAAAAGUUGCCUGUCUAAAUAGAAAAUGUCUUGCUGUGUUGUGUUCUAUGGAAAAUACUGUACUUCAGGAUUAUGUUUACAAUUUAUCCAGGUAUUUAUGUUUUGAACUUCUGUAAUACAUACAAUGCAAAAAAAAAUAUAUGGCCACAACAGUUGCACAGUGCCCACCCUAUGGCCUAGCUUCAGGUACUUCUCUCGAAGUCUAAACUCAGGUAACUUGGAAUGUAUAUCAUGUUGGGAUAAAAAAUAUUUUACAGCUAAAAAGCUAAAGAGGGAACAUCACUCUUCUGCCUUUCAUUAUUUUAUGCAUUAAUAUUUCCUCAUUACAUUCCACUUCCUUGGAAAAAGUGCAUUCAAAUUCAGGGGAAUAACAACCCUGGAGUUGGGUGAACGUGAGGAGAACCAGCAAAUCUGUGAUGUUUGACAUCACAUUGUCAUGUGGUUACAAGUAAACAACUGUUGCAUUUACCGUCAUUUCAGCGUGUAAAUUGUGGCAUUUAAAAGUUUCAGGUGUUGCACAGUUAAUGACUGUUAAGCUGUUGUGAAUAAAGUGUUCAGUACUAGGCUGUACAUAAGAAACAUUCCAUGGCGUGUGUGAAAGAGAGGAUCUAAGGCAAGAAUGUUUUCAUUUACUUUCAGCAUUUAUUUUUCAGGUUUCAGAGGGGGUGGUGGGAAUUUCCUCUCAUGUUUAUGUUGGCAAGUUAAGGAAGUGAAAUGCUACUGUUACCAUUUUAAGAGUCUAAUUAAUGUUUAGUUUCUCUUUUAGAGGAAAUGUUCAUUCAUGUGCUGGUUGCAAAAAUAAUUCUCGGUUUUUGACAAGCAAUGAUGGGUAAACUUUGUUUUAUUUGUACAGUGGGUAUUUUGCACCUGGACUGAAAACAAACAAACUCUUAAGCAGCAUUUGCAGUUUUGUAAAAAAUAAAAAAGGAAAAAAAGCAAUAGUUUUUAAGUCAUGUUAUCUAUUCAAAGCCUUUUCUAAUACCCUCCAGUUUAGGCCAUUGGCAGGUUGAUUUCUUGCAGUUUGGUAGACAACGCUGGCGCUUGUGAGUUCUUUUCACAGAUGUUGCAUCCAGCAACAUUUCCUUACUGCUCUGGAACUGUGUGAGCACUGCUCUUGGAGGUAAUAGCUGCACAAUACAAAGAGGACUCUAAAGGCAAAAGGCACUCAAUAUUCUUAGGUCUUUGCUUUCAGUUCUGUGGAAGUAGCUUUAUGCAAGUCUGUGUUCCUAAGAAAGCUUGCUUUCUCUGUUCAGAAACUGAAAAGAUUUAAGACUGCAGCUGCUGUAGCAGUUAUGCUCACUCCAGUACUUUCUUUUGAGGAAGAAAUUGAGGAGGGGGGAGGGGGGAAUAAUAAUAAGGCCUCAGUGAAGAGUACCUAAGAAAAGAAAUAUGGAAAAUUUACAGCAUGUGUGUGUUGUUGCAAGAUGAAGCAUGGUUUCCUUCCUAUCAUCACCAAAGAGUUGGGUAAUAACCUGUUAGGAAGCAUAGACCUACAGCCUCUGUACGGUUGUUGUAUGACUGUAGGGGCAUGCUCAGAGUGGAAGCUAAAUAUCUAAUUUUCACACAGUAAUUUUUUUAAAACUCAGUAACAGGCAUCCUUGCUAAUCUCAGGCCUUGGCAAAAGCACUAUAUAGUUUGUAUGUUAAAGCAUAAGGGAAAAGCACUCAGUUUGUGACCUAAGUGUGCGUUCUUUAAAGUUUUCGUUAAAGUUGAAUAUUAAAGUACAUUUUCCAUCUUA